AUGCAUUCUCACACAAAAGAAUCACCCCCAGGUGACAAACAUAGAGAAAUACUAACAUGGUGCAUCGAAAAGAACAUCGAAGCAGUUAUUGGAGCCGAUGUGAACGUAAGACACGCUAGAUGGGGCAGCACUGACACCAACACCAGAGGCAAUAGAAUGGUGGAAUUCCUAGACGAAUUCGGCUUAAUAUAUCACAACAGAGGCAACACCCCGACAUUUGUAACAAGAACAAGAGAAGAAGUACUAGAUGCAACCUACAGCACUCAAGAAAUGUCUCAUAGGAUAAAAAACUGGAGAGUGUUAGAUAAAGACAGCCUCUUCGACCAUAGAUACAUACCCUUUGAGAUAAAAGAGCCAACAACAAGAACACCAAUCAGCAGAAGAAACCCAAGAAAAACCAGAUGGACUGAAUUCCUGGAAGAAAUAGACACAAAUAUCAACAACCUUCCGUCGAGAUACGGCAGCAAUAGCAUAGGGCUAAACAUUCCAGCCGAGGCACUAACCAAAACUAUUGCCAAAGCUUGGGAGAACAGCACCGAAGAAAAUGAGUGCAAAACAAAAAUCGACAUACCUUGGUGGAACGAAGAAAUAGCGAACCAAUAA